UUAUCCACUUGCAUCUACUCUACUGAUGUCUGCCGGUCUGAUAUUGGCGUUACAUUUUAUCGUGCAAUCGCGUGUGAUUGUGUGAUAUUGCUUGUAUUUUGCUUCAUAACUGUAUUGGUAUCGUUUGUCACUUAUAGAAAAAAGUAACGGGAAUGAUUGUUUCUCGCCAAUUUAUUAAACAGCAUUAAUUAUUGUGAACGUACGUCGAUUAAUUACUGGAUAAUCUGGUUAACUCAAUCUUCUUUGUCUGUUUUUAUAGCUCUUGAGCAAUAUUAUUAAAUUAUGCAGAAUCAGAAUUUUGAGAUAACUGAUAUUGGGCCAUUGACAUCUUUUUAAUUCCAAUGUUCACACAGUGGUUUAGGAUAUUUAAGAUAGGCUGUGCCAACAUGAUUCAAAAAGGACCACGUCCAUUAGUAUUAUGCGGCCCUUCGGGUAGUGGCAAAAGUACUUUGAUAAAGCGAUUGUUUGAUGAAUUUCCUGAUACUUUCAAAUUUUCGGUAUCUCAUACAACUAGAAAUCCUCGGCCUGGUGAAGAAAAUGGGACGCACUAUCACUUUACAAAUAAAGAAAAGAUGCAAGAACAAAUAAAAAAUGGCGAAUUUAUUGAAUCUGCUACAUUUAGUGGAAAUUUAUAUGGCACGAGCAAACAGGCAGUUGAAGAAGUACAACGUUUAGGAAAGAUAUGCGUAUUAGACAUUGAUAUACAAGGUGUAAAGCAAAUAAAAUGUACUCAACUUAAUCCCCUUUAUGUAUUUGUAAAACCGCCCUCUAUUUUGGAGUUAGAGCGGCGGUUGAAAGCUAGAAACACUGAAACCGAAGAGUCAUUGCAACGCAGAUUAGCAGUUGCCAAAGCUGAAUUAGAAUAUGGUGAAGGACCAGGUAAUUUUGACAUUAUCAUAGAAAAUGAUAAUUUGGAAAAUGCAUAUGAGAUUUUACGCAAUUUUAUACUGGCUAAUUUUAAUUUGCAAUGCAAAACAGUCGAAACGAAUUAGUCAAGAGCUGAUAUGUGAUGGAUUCUAUAUGUAUAUCUGGACACAGCAAAUGAAUCAUAUCUUGGUGAAAUGUUUAGAAAUUAUUUUAAAUACAUUCAAUCAACAAAUAAAAUAUGUGUAUAUGUGUGUCGAAACUAGGGCUAAUGUAACUCAUAUUCUAUAUUACGGUUCUAUAUAGAUUGCAUCUUUACGAUUAUAUAUCUAUAUUUGCUAUUUUUAAAUUAUCGUGAUUUUUAUUUUUCUGACAAUAAUGAUAAUAGCAGUAGCUAUAUCAUGUAUUUUUGUUAUAGUAAGUUUAAUCUGAUAACUAUAUAAAACAAAUUAUGAAAGAGAUCCAUCUUAAUGUCGUUGGUACAAUAUUGCACUAAGUGUAUUAGCUAAUUUUUUCAUUAAGAAUAAAAAAUCCAUUCUUUUAUAGAAAUAAGAGAAAGUUUUCAAACUAGAGUUUUAGCUGAAUAUUCAAAAAGUAACUUAAAGAGAUAAACGUAGAAUUUUAGCUGUAGCUAACUGAGACUAUUCACCAAAAAAGGUUGUGUUCCAAUAGAGUAGGCUAUCUGUAAAAUAUAUACUUGCGAUAUAUACUUUCGUACUUAUCUUCAUGAUAAAAAUAUUGUACAAGCAUAAUAUAGUCACUUUUGAUUUAUAUCAUACAGUAUCAUACGACCAUGCCAAGUACUUAGAAUUAAGAUUAUAAAAAGAAUAUGUAAACAUUCCUGUACAAUCUGCAUUUGUGGUCAUAAAUAAUUAUUUAUA